AGCGGAACCACACAGAGGUAGCAGGGCUCGGAGAAGAGUUCGGAUUUGAGGAAGAGCCCGACGGCGCUGGAGAUUUCGAUGCCAACAUGGACGCCUGGUCUCGGUGCGGACGUGAUUGAGAGCUAGAUCAACGCACGGAGAACACACUUGUUUUGAUUCAAGGUAGGUCGGCCAGGUGAUGCUGAUGGACCAGGAAACUCAGUGGCUGUACCAUCUCCUGGCUGAGGUCCAGCUGGAGAGUUUCUACCUGCGCGUCAGAGAUGGCCUUAACAUCAGCCGCAUCGAGCACUUCAACUACGUCAAGGAGUCCGACCUGGAGCAGAUAGGAAUCAGCAAACCUGCACAAAGAAGAUUAUGGGCAGCUCUGAAAUCCUACAAGACGAAUUCCCGAGGACGGCCAAUGAUGCCCAAGGUCAGCGGUCAAGGUCCGGAUGGAGGGGAGCAGUGGAGCGGAGGCGGCCCGGCUCAGGAGGGUGGUAGCCGAACUCUUCCCCGUCUGAUCCAGGACAGUGAGCUGAUCCUGAGAGAGAAGCUGGGCUCCGGGUCCUUUGGGGUGGUGAAGAGGGGAGAGUGGCAUGCGCCUAAUGGGAGAGUUUUGCCUGUGGCAAUAAAGUCACUAAGGAGCAGCAUGUCCGGGAAGACGAACGCACUGACAGACUUCCUCCAAGAGGUGACGACCAUGCAGUCACUGGACCACCCCAACAUCAUCCGACUUUAUGGUGUGGUGCUCACACAGCCCCUCAAGAUGGUAACAGAGCUGGCCCCCUUGGGCUCACUAUAUGACACCCUGCGCUCGCAUCAGUAUGAGUACCCUCUGCUCCGCCUCUGGCUCUUUGCUAACCAGAUCGCAGCGGGUAUGGACUACCUGGAGACAAGGAGAUUCAUCCACAGGGACCUAGCUGCAAGAAACAUACUGCUGGCAUCCAGAGAGAUGGUGAAGAUCGGGGACUUUGGGCUGAUGAGAGGCCUGACCCAAGACAAGGACCACUAUGUGAUGUCAGCACACAGAAGGAUCCCAUUUGCAUGGUGUGCUCCAGAGAGUCUUCGUGUUGGCUCGUUCUCCCAUUCCUCAGACGUGUGGAUGUUUGGCAUCUCCCUGUGGGAGAUGUUCACCUACUGUGAGGAGCCCUGGUUCGGUCUGUCAGGCAAACAGAUUUUGUGGCGUGUGGAGCGGGAAGGGGAGCGUCUGGAGAAACCGCCGGAUUGUCCCCAAGAAAUGUACAACGUCAUGAGGAAGUGUUGGGCCUGCAACCCUGCUGACAGACCCAGCUUCGCCCAGCUCAUCACAAUGGUGGCAGAGGCUAGACCACUGGAGGCGCAAGCAACAAGAGACUUUGCUGAAUCCAGAAAACUUGGACUGGUGGCCAACGACCUUGUGACCGUCAUAGACCAUGGUCUGGAGCUGUGUGAGUGGAGGGGCCAGAACCAGAGGACUCUGACAGUCGGCUGGUUUCCUGCGAGCUUUGUCGUGCUGUCACUCCCUCUUGCUGCCACUGCCGGAAACUCCAUGCCCAACCCUGCUUCUUCCACCCCUAACAUCUCAGCCCCGCUGAAGGGGAGCCUGCAACACUACGUGCACGGAGACAUCAAACCUGAGCGCUGUUGGGUGACACCCGAGAACCUAGACAACAGUGGCAGCUGGAGGACGGGGCCUGCCCGGGAGAAGGAGGGCUCCAAUCUGCAACGCAUGGCAGGUAUGUCUCAGAGCCUGGAAUCAGUUUUGAGCGGACAACGUCCCCGGGCUCACACAGUAGGGGCGUUGGGACUGAAUCAGCCGGGCAGACUCCUGUCCCCUGGGAUGGCAGCUUGUAGGGUACGACCGCAGCCGGACCAACGCCGGUUCAGCGGGGUCGAUUUAGCCCUGCCUCAGAGACCGCCGCCACUCAACCUGAAACGCUUAAACAUGAAACCGAGGAGACCUGCAAUCCAACCUGUCCUGGGAACCUCCUGGUCUCCACAGGUGGUUCUGUCCCCUCCAGCGCAGACGCAGCCUCAACCCCAACACCUACCGCAGCAGAGCAUGGGCGGCUCCAACCUGGUCAAAAUGGCCCACAUGGCACGCUCAACCCCGCAGCUGGACGAGAACACGGACAACAGGGAGAGAGAUCGAGAGAGGGAACGAGUCAGAUAUCGAGAGAAAUUACCUAAUGUACAGAGCACAAAAGACAGUCUCACGUCACAGAUUAUGGAGGCAGUUCAUGGAGUGACCAUUGAAGAGGUUCAUGCUGCACUUCAACGAAAUGAAUGGAACCCAGUGCGAGCUGAACAACAACUCAAGUUGGACCAGAUGUACAUGCUGAGCCUCUGCUCCAGAGAAGAAUGUCUGAGGAUCCUCAACAGAUACCAGUGGAACCUGCAGCUGGCCAGCCGCUACCUGUUCCGAUGGUUUGGCGAGAAGGAGCGGCCUCCAGUUAGCACAGAAAGACGAGUCUGAAGGGAUUUUCAGGCUUCAGCAAUGCAUCGAUGGAUAACUUUUUUUAGCAACAAUACUGGCAUUUGAAGCUGUCGCACUGAGCACCUUGAUAUGGGAACAUACAUGAGGUCCAGUGCAUAUAAAAGUAGAAAAGUGAAGAUUUUUUUAAUGUACAAACAAAAGAAUAUUUUGCUUAUUUAGCAAA